ACAGUUCACGCCUUUAAUUCUGCAAUCUCUGCAAAUCAAAUCCCACCCGUUCUUUUCUCCUUCCUCUAUCUCACCUAAUCAAUUUCUCUCUCCUCUCUCCCCCACUUUCUCUCUCUAGACAUGGACCAGAAACAAGGGCGAAGAUUCUUGCAGCCUUGAAAUUCUCCGCUUGAAAUCCACCCCGCUGACAGAGCACGACGCAACCCAACUGAAGAAGAAGAAGAAGAAGAAGAAACAGAGAGGGUCGACAGAGCAGAGAGCCGCGGCAACAUGGACGGCGUCCUGUGCGACGAGCUCCUCCAAGAAAUCUUCACCCGCCUGUCGCCGCCGCCGGCGCAAUCUUCGCCGCCGUCGCCUUCCUCCCCUUCGGUGCCGCUGGUGUCCAAGCGGUGGCUCCGCCUCUACCGCGAGUCGAGGACCGCCCUGUCCCUCCGCCUCGCCCCGAGCGCCGCCCUCAUCCCCGCCCUCUCCGACUUCCUCUCCAACUACCCCUCCGUCUCCUCCCUCUCCCUCGUCCUCUCCUCCGACCCGUCCUCCGGGGCCGUCUCCGACAACCUCCUCCUCCUGCUCUGCUCCCGCUUCCCGCGCCUCAGGAGCCUCAAGUUCCUGGCCGGCCCCGUCUCUGUUUUCUCCCUGCUUUCUCUCGCUCGGACCUGCGCCCACAUGACCCACCUCACCGUUUCUCUCUCCAGGCCGCUGCUGUUCAACUGGGUCGUCAGGUUGCCGUCUCUCCAGGAGCUCUCGGUGCUGGUCUCGUCCCGGGAUCCCGCGGAGGGCGAGCUCCAGGGGACCGGUGAUUACGGGGCUUGCGAAAGCGAAGAGCUUGAGGCUGAGUUAGGGCUCGAGAGCCUCUGCUUAUCCGGGGUUUCUUGUGAGGACUGGGGAGUUAGUUGGCUAUGGAGUAGCUGCAAGAAGCUGAGGAAAUUGCAGCUGAAAAGCUGCGAAGGGAUCGGCGAUGGAGGGUCUUAUGCGUCGUUCGUUAGGUGCUUGAAGGGUCUUCAAGAAGUUGAGCUUAGGACUUGUAGGAGCAUAGUGGACGGCGUUCUUGUGAAAUUGGCUGAGAAUUGCGAGUUGUUGAGCUCUCUCUUGCUAUACGAUGGCGGUAGCAGGGACAGCCUCCUUCACUUCAUAAGCAAUUGCCGGUGCGAUCUGCAGAAGCUCGAUCUCCGCCUGCCUCUCGACUUGAAGAAUGAUCAUCUCUUUGCCCUGUCUCUGCAUUGUCGGAACAUGUCGAGUCUCCGGCUUCAGAGCUGUUGCCUGGUCACCGGCGAUGGCCUGAAGACUUUCGGGAUUGCCAUGAAUGGCGGGCUCCAAGAACUGGCGUUGAUAAACUGCGAUGUGGUGGAGAGGGAGCCAGGCCUGCUCGCCACAUUAGGACAGCACUUGGGGCAGCUCAGGAAGCUGGACUUGUCUUACAACGAGAUGCUGCCGGAUAAGGAGCUGAUCGCGAUGCUCGCUUCAUGCUCCCGUUUGAUCGAUCUGAGGCUGAGAGGGUGUAAAGGCCUCACGGACCCGGCCAUCCUUUCAAUCCACAGGAGCUGCAAGCUCCUUGAGAGUAUCGACCUCAUGAAUUGUCGUGGGAUUGGAGAGAAGGCCGUGGAGUCGUUGGUACUCAACUCUCCUCGGCUGAAGAAGUUGCAGGUCGAAGAAAGCAAGUUGUCGGACGCCACGAAAACGUGGGCGUCCCGUAAAUUCAUCGACGUCGUGGCCUGAUCAGUCAUCAAACCCGUGUAGGUACCCUGUAAUUUAUGUGUCAUUUACUGGAAAGUACAUGAAAACCUAGUACAUUAAGUCAACACACCAGUUCUCUUUUCUGGCUAAGUUGCAAAUUCAUCGUUUCAAUAAACAGGAAGCAGUUAUUCAGUCUGCUAAAAUUGAUUUCUUGUAUGAAUGAUUGAUGUGUAAAUGAACGAAGAUGAUUGCUUCUUCGUCCUUUUGGGUCUUGCCUUUUACGGUGUUUCGAUCGGAAAAAGAGCCUAAGGAAUCGAUCGAAUUGAAGCUUUUUCAUGGUU